AUGUCGACCGCACCAACAUCCCUCCUACAGACAGCCCUGCAAAACCUUCACGUAUCUCAGCAAGCUCGAGAUCAAUCGCAUACACCUCUGGCGGACGAUGCAUCAGAAGCCACUGCAUCCUCCUCUCGAAAUGUGUCGCCACCCGAGUCGGGGACGGACGACGAUCUGGACGAUGGAGACGAUUACAUCGCAGUAGGAAGGGGCACGCGCCCAGGGACGCCGUCCGUCAGUCAGAGAGGAUUCAAGAGCAAGAAGAAGGAUCCGUUGCGCACUCUCCCCACACAUCUGGCCGUGCGAGUCUUCCUAGAGCUUGACGUCAAGGCACUGGCGAGAUGCGAUGCUGUUUGUAAACGAUGGCACAAGUCUUCGACUCUGAAUUAUGUUUGGUUCCUCCAGAACAGAGCUUUGACCCUGCCUAGCCUCAACUCCAUCUCUGGACCAGGUGGCAAGCUCAAGCAGGCCGUGGACGAUACACCUGAAUACUUUGAUCCAUACGAUAAGACCCCCCGACUUGCAGCUCUGCCGAAACCACCCCUUCCUCAAUCCAAUACACCUCAGUGGACGAAGAACGAGUCCAAAAAGGUCUGGAAGACAGCGUUUCACCUGACUCUGAAACGGUCCGACCCAAAUGCUGAGCUAGAGGACGAUCCGCUACACGUCGAUAUCUCGAGUCUGCAUACUUCCGGCACCAAUACUCCCUCGAGGCAUUCUCAUGCUGGACAAGGCUCAGGGGGCGCAGCCAAAUGGGUCAGCAUGGCCAGUAAUGGGCCCAUGAGUCCGAGCGAGAGAAAACUGGCCGCCAGGGAGAAUUACAAGGCUCUGGGCGGUCGCAAGUCGCGUGCCAAGCGAAAGAUGGGUGGAGAGAUGGGAGCAAGGGACAAAGGAGGAGCGGUGGAUGACGGACGAUUCGAUGCUCCGUGGUGA